UUUUCACAUGCUUACCUUUAAUACACUGCAGAAAUCUGCUACGGUUUUCUGGAACGGAAAAAACGAACAAUGAAGGUGGCGAAGAUAUUUCAGAAAAAAAUAUAUCAGACCACAAGGGAUAUUUUGAGCCCUUAGCUGAUUUUGACCAUCUUGGUGAUAACGCCGGAGUUUCAGGUCUUCAGAAAAAAUCAUUAACUAAAGGACAGCUACUCAGUUCUUCUGAAGCAGCCUGGGAUGCCAUGUCUCCAAAGUUGAGGUGUGGUGACGAUCUCGUGAAGUUACAACUCAGUGGUCCAGAAGUAGCAAAUGUUGAACUCUGUCGAGGUAAUGGGGUGCCUGUUCCUCUCACUCAGUUGCCACCUCACUGUGGACACACAGCACUCACUUAUGCAGGUCUUGUCUAUGCUACUCCCUAUGAUGGAUGUGGUGUUGUGCAACAGGGAGGGUAUUAUGUGAUGCAGAUACAGUGGCAGGGAAACUCUGCAGUCAUUACUUGUCCUAUGACCUCUACCAUUGCAAAUGAAACCUUCCUGGGACCUCAUCCUCCUAAAUAUCUGCACAUUUUGCUGCCUCCCUUCUCUCCUGAUACACAAAGUCCAGAUGCACCUGCAAUGCCACAAGUGUCUGAUACUGCAACACUGAAGCCACCACCUCUUGUGUACCCUCAAGUGUAUCCACAAGGGUUUUGGCCUUUCCCUCAUUAUCUUUAUCCUGGAAGGGUUUAUGCCACAGCUAAACAAACGGAGAAACCUGUUACAACUACUCUAGUUUCCCAAGCACCAACUGGAGAACCUCAACCUCCCAAAUACCCCGAGAUGUCUUGGCCACACUACCAUCCUGAUUACCUCUAUCAUGGCAGACCAAAACCACUUUGA